CAAAACACGAAGAGGGUUUGGCGGUUGGCGACUAGGCAUUGGGCAAGAGACGAAGCCCGGAGAGCGAGCGACCUCGACGCGGUCGUACGCGGCGCAGAAGGCAGAAUUCCAUUGAAGGACAAUGCGGAGCCAACGGGAGAGAUUUCCCGUCUCCCUCGUCACCUGCUUCCUCCUCCUACCCCUCGCAGUCUUCUUCCACCGCAUCGCUGCUAGCGACUCCGACGCCCAUAUCAAUUGCAGCAGGAGAUGCGUAGCGGAGAACUGCAACACCAUUGGCAUUCGAUAUGGGAAGUUCUGUGGCGUGGGUUGGACCGGUUGCCCUGGGGAGAAACCCUGCGAUGAACUCGAUGCUUGUUGCAAAGCCCACGAUGAGUGUGUUGAGAAAAAAGGUUGGCGUUUUUGCUUUCUCACAUCUCGCUGUUUUUUCUUUUAUCUUAGUAUAAUAGACCUAGAAAUUGAACUCUUUUGUAUUCCACCUGAAUAAUGUAGGAUUGAUUAAGCUUUUUUAAAAUAAUUUUUACGAAUGAAAAAGGGAGGAAAAAGUAUGUAAUGCGUUGAUAUCUUUACCUAUAGAUUGAUGAAGUUUCUAGCUUUAUAGAUAUUCCUCUUUUUUUUAUAUAGAAAAAAGGAGGAAAAAUACAUUAAACAUUGGUAUCUUUACCUGUAGAUUGAGGGAAUUUAUAAGGUCUCUUGUGAAACUCUAAUAGACUAAUACAAAUAAGAUAAAAUAAAUGUAACAACAGAUUAAUGUCAUCUCAGACAAUUAUACUAUAACUGCCGUGCCUCUGUUUGGUGAGCUGAUAGCCAAUAUGGAUAUUUGCUUGAUCAUGGAUAAAACUUAUGCUUCUAGAUCUUUAGAAGAAUAGGAUAAAUUGAUUAUAUCAUGGUUGGGAAAAACCUAUGCCGAGUGAGGUGAUCGUAUCGCACAUAGUGCAGAUGCUGAAUGCAAUCACUUAUGUUGAUGCUUAUGUGAAUGAUGUUAAGAAAAUCAAUUUUUAAAAUGUAGCUUGAACAAUUGUUAAUAAUUUCUUCAAAACCAAAGGUUGAUAAAUAUACAAGUUCCACCUACCAAAUAAU